GAACAUGGAGCCACAUUUUCCGACGUGCACUUCAGUCUGAGCUCGUUAAAGCGUCGGAAGGUUUCGGUUUGGCCCUCUAUGAACCAAGUUAGCGGUGCUUUCGUUCUCACUUCUUGAAAACCCAGACAGCUGCUAGCUUAGUCGCUUUAGCUAGCCCUGUAACUUUUACUGUAACUGUCAGAAAAGGGAGCGACUUGACUCGGCGAAGCAUGGCGUUAAUCCUGUUAACGAGGUCCAGGGCACCUUUAAUGAAAACCUCUAGGUCGCUAAAGAACGAAUUCCGCAAAGGAAAACUAAAGGAAGGAUCCUGUUUCAACUGCACAACCCUCAGACUCUCCAGUCAAAAACCCGAUGGUCUCCGACUCGGCAACUUGUGCCAGGUCUCCUCGUUCGGUCCUUCCCUCCCCCUGUCAGAUGAUCACGUGUCUCAGACCUCGGACCCUCAGCGGCUCUACUGCGCUUUCGUUUUGGGAUCCUCCUCCUCCUCUUCCUCGCCGUACCCUGCGUUCACAUCGGGCUCCCCGUGGACGAUAGCGCGACCGCAGGACAUCGCCGGCGUCCGGUGGAUCCACACCUCGGGGCGGAGGUGGGACGACUCGAAGGUGGAGAAGUCGCUGCGUGUCCUGAAGGACAAGAAGAAGAAGCUGGAGGAAGGCGGGCCGGUGUACAGCCCGACGCUGGACGCCGAACCCGUCAGAAGGACGCUGCGGCAGCGAGUGUUGGACGAGAUCAAACACUACUACCACGGCUUCAGGCUGCUGUGGAUCGACACCACCAUCGCGGGCCGAAUGCUGUGGAGGGUGCUGAACGGGAACGCUCUGUCUCGGCGGGAGAGGAGACAGUUUCUCAGAACGUGUGCGGACGUCUUCAGACUUCUUCCCUUCCUCGUCUUCAUCAUCGUUCCCUUCAUGGAGUUCCUGCUUCCUGUAGCUCUGAAGCUCUUCCCCAACAUGCUGCCGUCCACCUUCGAGACACAGUCAAAGAAGGAGGAGAGGUUGAAAAAGGAGCUGAGGGUCAAACUGGAGAUGGCCAAGUUCUUGCAGGACACCAUCGAGGAGAUCGCGCUGAGGAACAAAGUCGCACAAGGAAACGUGACCGAGGAGUUUUCCACCUUCUUCCAAAAGAUCCGGGACUCUGGGGAGCGUCCCAGCAACGAGCAGAUCAUCAAGUUCUCCAAGCUGUUCGAGGACGAGCUCACUCUGGACAACCUGACCCGACCUCAGCUGGUGGCGCUCUGCCGCCUGCUGGAGCUCCAGUCCAUCGGCACCAACAACUUCCUCCGCUUCCAGCUCAUCAUGAAGCUGAGGGCCAUACGUGCUGACGACAAGCUGAUAGCGGAGGAGGGAGUGGAGAGCCUGAACGUGAAUGAAGUUCAGGCGGCGUGUCGCGUCAGAGGGAUGAGAUCUCUGGGAGUCACGGAGGACAGGCUGAGAGAGCAGCUCGUCCAGUGGUUGGAGCUGCACCUGAACCAGCAGAUCCCCACCUCUCUGCUUCUCCUGUCUCGAGCCAUGUACCUCCCCGACACCCUGUCUCCCGCCGACCAGCUGAAAACAACACUGCAGACGCUUCCCGAAGUCAUGACCAAAGAAGCCCAGUUGAUGAUGUCGGAGAUGGAGCUCUCCAAAGUGGACAACAAGACCAAACUGGAGACGACGCUGCAGGAGGAAGCGGCCAUACGCCAGGACAACAAGGAUCGGGAGCUGGAGAGGUUGGCCGACGCUGUAGAGAAAGCUGCCAGGGAGGGCGAGCUGGAGCUGGAGGCUGUGAGGGUGAAGGCCGAGCCGGCGAUGUCCAAAGCCGACGCGGCGGCUCAUUCGGAGACUCUGAUCGACGCGGCGCCCGUCAUCGAGGGGAUCAAGGGUGAGGAGAUCACCAAAGAGGAGAUCGACCUGCUGAGCGACGCCUGUACGAAGCUGAAGGAACAGAAGAAGCUGUUGACUUUGGAGAAGGAGGAGCUGGAGGAGCUGAAGGACGACGUGCAGGAAUACAACGAGGAUCUUGAAGAGAUCAAGAAGGAGCUUUCUAAGACGGGCCAGGAGAAGGCCCUGGAGGAGUCCAAGGCCAGCCAGCGCCUUACCAAGAGGGUGAACCGGAUGAUCGGUCGCAUCGACAAGAUCAUCCUGGAGCUGGAGAAGGACAAGGUCAUCUUGGAUGGACAGGUGGAAAGUGGAGCCACGCCGCCCGUUGGUCUGUUCUACACCUUCAGGGAGAACCUGAUCAGCAUCGACGAGCUCAUCAACGUCAUGCGGCAGAUCCAGAACAUUCCAGAGCACAAGCUGCAGAGCAUCGCCGAGGCGCUCGACGACAACAAGGACGGCAAGAUCGACAUCGACGACGUCAUCAAAGUGGUGGAGCUGAUCGACAAGGAGGACAUCGACAUCUCCACCUCGCAGGUGGCCGACAUCAUGGUGAUGCUGCAGAAGGAGGAGAAGCUGAUGGGGAAGGAGAAGGCCAAAGAGAAGGCCGAGAAGGAGCAGGCCGCCACGCUCAACAGCUAACUCCUUGUCCUCGCAGGCAGAGUUUGUGGGGAAAAAAAAACAACAAAAAAACACACAACAAAAAAAAUCAAAUAGACCACUGAGCAGUCGGUGACUUUCACAGCGAACUCUGGAUUCUUCCGGACGAGUCGAGGGAGAGUCGCGAGGUAACGGCUGCCUUCCUUUGAUAAUGUCACGUAAACUGAGCUCCGGAAAAAAAAGGAGGCUUUAAAAGAGUGAAAAAAAAAAAUGCACAAAAAUCCACUUAAAUUAUCUUUUUCCGGACGGAUCAUGUAUCAUACGUGGAUGUUUGGCUUUUUGUGUGAUUUUACUCAGUUAUUUAUCAGCGCAGGGAACACGACGUGGUCAAACUUGAAAGCUGGUCGAGGAGAAAACAGAAAAGUGUUUUUUUUUGGGAAACACGCGAGGAGAUUUACGUAUUUAAAGUUUUGAGGUGAACCGUCUUGCCUUUCAUUUCAGUCAUCUCAGAGAAAUGAGAGAUCAUUUCUGGAAUUUGCACAGUAAACAUCAUUACCGUCAUUCCACUCACUUUUUCUUUCUUUUUUUUUUUUUUUUAGUUUGUUUAUCGAUCAUACUCCCAUUUUGUAGUUGUUUUUUUCUCUGAAUUGUACUCGGACAGGUAGCUAGAUGUUUAAAUGGUGGCUGCAACCAAAGACGUUGGUAGAAAUAUAAAAAAAAAAAAAAUAAAAUCAUAGAAAAUCUCAAAAUCAGUGCAGGUUUAAAGGGUUAAACUAUAAAAACGAUAGUCGUAGGUUCGUCAUUCCUUCUAAAAACUGUGGUUUUCAUCAGAUUCAAGUGUUGGAUGUUUAUCUAGAAAGCAAAGAAGUAAAGUUUUAGAUCCAAAUAUAAACUUAAAGUACUGUUUAUUCUUUUUUUUUUUUUUUAAUUUACCAAUCGCGGAUUUUCUUUUUAAAAUUAACAAACAAACCAGCUGGAGGAUCGUAAACGGGCUGCCAAGGAAAUACCAGCUGCUUUCGGAAAAUAACGAAUCUAUGUGGAGUUUGUGUGAUCGGAGGCGUUUUGUGAAUGUUCAGCAGUUUUAUUUUGUGCACUUGAGUUGUAUAAUAAUCAUGCUAGUGUUUAUUAUUUCCUUUUGUAGCUUAAAUGCCAAGUGGCCUUCUCGCGACUCGGAUGGUUCAGAAACACUUUUGUAUAUUUAUUUUUGAGUAUUUUAAGGAGACAGCAGUGCUUCACUUGACACCGAUUUUUUUGGGGCUGAAGAAGUUGGGAUGAAUUUAUCUGUAGAUCAGGUAGUUUUGAAUUUAUCGGCACAUACAGAUGAGUUGUUUUUUGCACUGCAGGCGUUGAUGUUUCCUCAGGAUGAAGCGAUGACUUCACAUGAUUUAAUCCUGGUACUUGUUCAAAUGUCUGUGUUCACACUGCAAGCAGCUGAUGUAUGUUAGUGUUUUCUGUUAAAAUAUUCCAACCAGAGCUGCAACUCAUGAUUAUUUUGAUGAAAUCUUGCAGCCAAUCUAUUAAAAAAUAUCAGAAAAAUGCAAA